AGCCCACUUGCCACCUAUCAAAAAAAAAAAUUAAAAAUUAAAAAACCCUAACCAUCGGCGGCCUUCUUCAUCUUCUCAUCUGCGAUUCACGAACGGCCACCACCACCGUCCUCCUUCAUCAUUCGGCGAUUCACGAACCACACCACCACCUAACCAUUCGGCAUUCAAGGAUAAAGUACGUAUACAACCAUGCUUAAUAUUGCGACCACAUUUUGCAAGCGACUGAAUGUCAAGGAUUUGGUGACCAAUGUUCCUGUAUAUAGCAGUUUUAGUGAUGGAGCUACUGCUGGAUUAAACUUAUUAUUCAGACGUUGGGCUACCAAAAAGACAGCUGGAUCGACUAAAAAUGGACGAGACUCAAAACCCAAGAAUCUUGGUGUAAAGAAAUUUGGUGGGGAGAGAGUUAUUCCCGGUAACAUUAUUGUUCGUCAACGGGGCACUCGGUUUCAUCCUGGAGAUUAUGUGGGAAUAGGGAAGGAUCACACUCUUUUUGCCCUUAAAGAAGGCAAUGUCAAGUUCGAAAAGCACAAGCUGAGCGGACGUAAGUGGGUGCACGUUAUACCAAAGGAUGGGCACGUUCUGCAUCCUGUUUAUGCAACUACUUCUACUUCUCCACAAUUGAAGACAACAGCAUAAUCUUUGGUGCUCUGUUGAUGAACAUGAUCGUCAAUGGUAUAAAUUUUAAGCAAAGUCGAUUCCCUAGGGAGGAGGAGGGGGGGUUGUAGGCAGUCUCUUUAAGAGACGUUUUUAAUGUUUAUCAUUUCUUUUUCUGGAAAGCCUAUUGGAUUUCACUUUAACCAAUAUGGAUACGAUGGAUGUCCGCUUCUAGCUCGAUGUGCUUAAAAAUGGGAUUGAUGAAGAGAGAAAUUUCCCUUGUAAUUAAGUUGCCUCUUUUAAGUAAGUCAAGAUGUGCGAAGAAUUAUAGGUAUACUCUCGAGGGAAUUUUAGGUCCUCUUUUAACCUCCUCCCCCUUACAAGGAAUAUUUUCUUUCUUGACAUUUCAAAUAGUUGGUUUAAUAAUAUCCAAUGUCCAUCAUAACAUUAGUCUUUACAAAUCAA